UUCUCUGUUAAGACGAAAUUUCAACUCAAAAUCCGCCGCCAUGACCCGACCGUUUUCGGAUUCGCCGCCGAUUCCGCCGCAAAAUUCGCCUUCGAUUCCGCCGCAAUUAGCUGCGAAGCUCGCCAGGACGAGCUCCGAUCCAACCUGCACUAAAAUCGCGGCCGUGCCGGCGGCGGUGGGGGAUGAUCUGCCGGUGGAAAUCCUUCUCGACAUUUUCUCCAGGCUGCCGGUGAAGUCUCUCCUCCGUUUCCGGUCAGUCUGCAAGCUCUGGCGUGGCCUUAUCGGCGACACGUCUUUGGUGGGGGUUCACUUCUCCCGCUCCCUCCGCAAUGUCCUCCACCAACACUUUCUCAUCACCGCUUACAGUCUUGAAAAAUCAAAGCUCACUAUCUUGUCCGGCGACACCCAUUCCGGCGGCGGUGAGCCCGCCUGCCUCUUCAGCUUCUCGAAUUGCCGGUUCCAGCAGACUCUAUUCGGCCGCGUGAAAGGAUUCGCCUGGCAUCCCCACCGAUACAAGUUCAUCCGUCGCGAAGAAUUCCGGUAUCUCAUUAACCCUAGCACUCGACAAAUCGUGGAAAUUCCUCUCAAUAAUUUCGGUUUAGAUAUCAAUUCCUGUUUAUACGCUCUAGGGUUUAGUCGAAACAGGGAGGAAUUUAAGGUGCUCAGCAUCUCGGAUGGUUUUGAAUGCCAUAUUCUCACCAUACGAAUGAGUGGUAUCGGUGAAUGGAAAAAGGUUAACUCCCUAAUGCCAGAUGAGAUUAAGAAUGAGUUUUGGAGCAUACGCUACCAGGACUGCGUUUGUAUUGCCGGUGUGAUGCAUUGGAUCUUAUGGGAGAUCAAGAAGAUUGCGACGUUCAACCUGGAAACAGAGAGUUUUUCAACCAUGGAGCUCCCGGUUGAGUUACAGACUUCCUCGGUGAGUGGAAGGACGUUUUAUCUGCUCGAGAUUGAUGGCUGCUUAGCAGUGGUAUGCGAUGGAGAUGUUCCGGAAUUUGGCUCCUCUAGGAUAGAUCUUUGGGUAUUGAAAGAGUAUGAGAUUGGGAAUUGGGUUGGAGAGAUCAUAAAUCUGCCCGGUUACUAUUUGGGGGCGUAUAUAACUGGUUCGGUCCCCUGUUCAGGCGAGAUAAUGCUGUCAACACUGAGGCGCUCGGCUGAGUCUGCAAUUGUUCCGUUGUAUGAUAGGAGUACCAGAAGCUUUCGGGAGGUGGAAAUCCCGCUCCCUCCAUCGUUGUCUUCAAACGAUGUGAAGCUCGGGGAUCCAGUGGUUUACACAGAAAGCCUCUUCUCUUUUAGGUUUCUGUUCAUUUCUUUGGAUUGAAAGGCAGAGUGGAUCUUGAAUUCUUGAUUGUGGCAGAUCAAGCGCAAAAGUCACUUGAAUCGACAUUAAAGUAGCCUCUCCCCAAGCUUGUAAGUCUCCCCGGUUCUGUUCUUUUCAUAGACAAGAAUAUUACAUUGUGAUUCAUACAUGAUAUAGUGUUCUAGUCUGCAAUUCUCAAGUAGUUCCAUACUGUGUAUCAUGAGUAACAGAUGAAUAAUCUUCUUAAGCUCAUGUAUGUUCUUACCUCUUUCUCCUGAAUAAAACCCCAUAAGUAAUGGGUUGUAAGUAAUCGCCUGAAAUGAGAUUUAAUUGGUUGUAUAUCCUCAUGAAUGUAUGGAAUCUUGAUGAUGGCUUGAACAUUUUCCUGUUUAAUUGAAUUUAGCAUGCAGUAUAUGCUUGAA